CGCGCAGCUCCACAUCCAACUUUCCGCUUGUUCCAAUGGCUCGGCUUAGGUGUAGUGCCGCCUUGAAGGCGGGGCUGGGUCCAGGUCCGGGCCAAUGGCGCCCCGGGUGAGGGUUGACGGGUGCAAGGUGUCCGGUACCCGGUGGUGCAAAUUGCUUUCAGCUCGUGUGUUGAACUACCUGGUCAUGGAGGCUGACUUGAACGAAGAGCUUGACGAGGAGGAGCAGCUGGUGAGACGGCAUCGUAAAGAGAAGAAGGAGUUGCAAGCUAAAAUUCAGGGAAUGAAGAAUGCUGUUCCCAAGAAUGACAAAAAGAGGAGGAAGCAACUCAUUGAAGAUGUUGCUAAGUUGGAAAAAGAAAUGGAGCAGAAACAGAGAGAGGAACUGGAGCAAUUGAAACUGAAUUCUAGGGAGAAUAAGAUAGAUUCUGUUGCUGUUAACAUUUCAAACUUGGUACUUGAGAAUCAGCCGCCUCGGAUAUCAAAAGCACAAAAGAGACGGGAAAAAAAAGCUGCAUUGGAAAAGGAGCGAGAAGAAAGGAUAGCUGAAGCUGAAAUUGAGAAUUUAUCUGGAGCCAGACAUAUAGAAAGUGAAAAACUUGCUCAAAUAUUGGCAGCUAGACAGUUGGAAAUUAAACAGAUUCCAUCUGAUGGCCACUGUAUGUAUAGAGCCAUUGAAGAUCAGCUGAAAGAACAGGAUUGCACUCUGACUGUGGUUGCCUUAAGAAGUCAAACCGCUGAAUAUAUGCAAAGCCAUGUGGCAGACUUUCUGCCAUUUUUAACAAACCGCAGCACUGGAGAUAUGUAUACUCCAGAAGAGUUUGGAAAAUACUGCAAUGAUAUUGUAAACACAGCUGCAUGGGGAGGUCAGCUUGAGCUAAGAGCUCUGUCUCACAUUUUACAAACACCAAUAGAGAUAAUACAGGCAGAUUCUCCUCCUAUUGUAGUUGGUGAAGAAUAUAAAAAAAAACCAUUAAUACUUGUAUAUAUGAGACAUGCAUAUGGCUUAGGAGAACAUUAUAAUUCUGUUACCCAGUUGGUAAACACAGCUACUGAAAAUUGCAGCUAGUUUACAUAAUGUUAAACAAUUAUGUUUCAGUACAGUGUGCUGACCCAAGUAUUCUACCAAGCACUGGUUGUUCUGAAUGCUACUGAAAAACACAACUACCUUAAAUCAGUUUUAUGGCAAAGCUACUUACUAGUAGGAUUUUAAGAAAUAUAUCAAAGAUUGACUUUAACCAGAGUCCUUUCAGUGGAAUUUUAAAAACUUGUAAGCCCAUUGUGGAAAACAUCAUUCAUAGGUCAAGAUGGUACCCUAUUUGUUGAUACUUUUAUUUAUGUUGUAUCUUAAAUAUUCUGUGUUAGAACACAUUUUAAAUGUUUAAAUGUCCCCCUCAUUCCUGAAAGCUUUCAGAGAAACUAUUUCGAUGUAAUUUUUCUUGAAGUGAAAUGACUCCGUCUCCUUGUUAUUGCAAUCAAGAAUGUUGUAUUGGGCAGUGCCUGUGGCUUAGCGGGUAGGGCGCCAGGCCCAUAUGCCGGAGGUUGUAGGUUCAAACCCAGCCCUGGCCAAAAAAAAAAAGAAUGUUGUAUUGUGUUAAAUUUAAUUAAUGCUUACAAAAUGAACUUGAUUGCAGAAACCUUGGUAUCGAUGGGAUUAAUGCAAUGAAGCUUUUUAUAUAGUCUUAUCAAAGUACAGCUAAGAAAGUUGCUUUAAUAAUUAAGAAUUUUUAAAUAUUCAGAUGGGAAUCACUUGUUAAGCUUAAAGAAAUGAGGAAAACUCAAAGGUAAAUAGGUGUUUUCUUUCUGAUUUAAAACUCUAAAGAAUUAGAUAUUAGUUUUUUAUUUGUGUAUGCAACAGAGCUUUCUAAUUCAUUUGUUAUUCUUCAGUGUUUCUUAAAUUUCAUACUGGAGCCAGUACCAUCAUCUCCGGAUUUCUUCCCUAACUUUACACUUUUAUAUUUUCCGCUGUGUUUUUUCCAGUCACUGUUCAACUAUGUUGCUGUUCUUACUGCCUUUUUCACUAAAAAAUGUUCUGUGGCCUCUUUUAUUCUUUACCUUGUACGAGUUGAGGGAGUAGCAAUGUAAAAUGUCCACAGCCACAUUUACUUAAUUUGUCUUGAAGAUAUCUUUGUUAUCUAGGAUUUUUUUUUUUUUUUGCUUCAUUUUUUAGCAUUGGAAGAAAAUCUUUGUCACUUGUUAUUUUAUUAACUUGAUGAAUAUCACUUGUCUGUCAAGUCAAAUAUUUGAGAAUUUUUAUGUUGUAUGUAUGGAUAAAGGUGAAAGCCACUGUUAGGUACCUAAGAUCUGCAUAGUAAAAUCAGCACACGAUGGUUUUUGGUGUGAAUGAUUUAUCCAGCUCAAAUUUCAAGUUACUCCAUAACAGUGUUUUUUCAAAGAAGAUUGUACCUAUAUAUACAAAUGUGUCUGAUAAUUUGUUAUAUAAGGAAGUGUUAUAAAAAUGAGAAUUUUUUGGUUUGAUCUGUUUCUCCCAAAUUAGUAAUAUAACUAGUCAGAUUUACCACCAAGUUUAUAAAUUGAGUUUUUGCUCCAUGAAUACAACUAAGUUUUUAUAAGUAAAUGUUUAUGAUAUUAACAAUGGUGUGUCAGUCUCUCAGGCCCAGCAGGUGACAGUGUGGGGGCUGAUACAGACUGUGGCUAGUGAGAGUAGCAAGUACUACCCGAAGGCUCCUAGUCAUGAGAUUAAAAACCAUUCUGCCCACAAAACAAAAUAUAUUCUGAAGGCUGCCUGUUUUAUAACCCUUGAUUUGAAUUUUGCAGGAUCUGAAACUUAUGAAAGAAUGAAAUUAUAAAAUAGUAAAUGCUUUGGGUUUAUUUUGAAGUAAUCUGUUACUAUAAAAUUAAAAUAUCAGCGUUAAGAAAUAAUAAAGCAAGAUAUCAUUGAACCUAGUAUUAUAAAUUCUAUUUACAUCAAAAGUAUUCUAAAGUAACUUAUUGUUAGCUUCAUUUUUUGGUGAGAGUUAGAAUUUUCUUUAUUAUAUGUUUAUUUUUUAAUUUUGUUAUAUUUUUAAAUUUUUAAGUGGCUGAUAUGGUUAUAAACAAGAUUUGUAUGGUUUUCUGUUCCUUCAUAAAACUUGCGAAAAAUACCAUCUUAGCCAUAACCUUAAAAAGUCUUUAAAAAUGGCAGAUGUUAAUUUAAAAGCAGUAUUUACUAAUUUAGUUUGUUGUAUGAUGAUGGUCUAAUGGAAGUUAUAUAAGCUUUCUUUUGUCCUAACUUGGAAAAGUGUAUGUCAGAGUUAUGGAACAUGUCUUUAGCCAACCAUUUUUAUCCACUUAAAUAUGUUUACAAAUUGUGUAAAGCAAAAAAGAAUGUGUGUAACUACAGUGAGCAAUAUAGUUCUGCUCAUACUAUCUGAUGUUUGCCAAUACAUAAAUAAAUAAAUAAAUAAAAGAUGAAUUAAAUCAAUA